AUGAUUUCAGGAGAGUUUCCAUUUGCUCCAGUUUAUUGCUUAGCAUGGAUAUGCUUAGAUGUGUUAUUUUGCACAGCUAGUAUAAUGCACUUGUGCACUAUAAGUGUUGACAGGUACUUAAGUUUGAGAUAUCCUAUGAAAUUCGGCCGUAACAAAACUAGACGACGAGUUAUACUAAAAAUUACAUUUGUAUGGCUCUUGUCGAUUGCCAUGAGUUUGCCAUUAAGUCUCAUGCACUCAAAAAAUCUUAGCUCAGUAUUGGUGAAUGGCUCAUGUCAGAUACCUGAUCCAUUGUACAAGCUCAUCGGAUCUAUAAUAAGCUUUUACAUACCUUUAGGAGUAAUGAUACUCACGUACACAUUGACCGUCCGACAUUUAGCGGCAAAGAGACAAAAUCUACAAACUGGGAUAACACGAAAUACAAACCACAGUGGAAACAACGGAAGAAGUUGGCGUAGGAUUCUAAGGAGAAAUUACAGGAGAACAAGGUCGGAUGAGUCGGAUGUUCAAUUAGCUAAAACAGGAGAACCUGUGACUGCGAUAAACUCAGUGACUGUAGACGAGAAAGAAGCCAACCGUGAGACUGCACUGGAUAAACCACAAUUUUCAAACACAAGAACUGAUAAAACUACCAGUCCUAAUAUUGGACAGAGCAUUUAUGAUAACGAAAAUAUUAAAAUCAACAAUCACGUUCAACAGCCGAACACGCCUAUUUCCAGUUGCACAAGCACUCCGUUCAAACAUCAUCUGUCAGCUUGUUCCACCGAUACGGAAAUGACUUCAUUGGAUGCUCGAGAACUAUGGUUACCUGAUUCGGAACUCACACCGUCGACCAUGUCAGCUUUACAUCAAUUUGGUGCAGAAAUGCUACGCCUAUCCCGAGGUCUAGAACAAGUGGCAUCGUCACCAGAAUCUAAACCCACCUCUCCAACUAGAUCUAGGUUAUCUUCGACUAAAAGCGAUGGAGAUAAUGAGAAUUGUGAAAAUGACUUGGAACAUUAUCUCAAUGAAUCCGUAGACUCUGAAGAAACGGAUACCCCACACAAUCGACGUAUCAAACGACAACGACGACGCCGUCGAAAAAGAUCAGGUACAUUACACGAUUCAAUGCGUCGACGAUUUGACAGCCAACAACACAACCGACCGGUUCGAAUGAGAAGUUUCCACGAAGAUGAAUUUCGUGAUAGGACAGAUCAACCCGACCCCGAACAGAUUAAUGGUGGUGACGAAAAUGAACCUAAAAUUGUAGGUACCCUUCUUAAAGCAGAGUAUCAACGCAAACCUGGUUUAGACGAGGAAAUCUGUCUUCUGCCACCACCUCCGAACCACCAAGAUUCUAUGUCAGGUGCUGUUGUAUCAUCAACGCCACCGCCUAAACAAUUGUCAACCGUCGAUACGGUAACCCGAUGGACACCAUCGUCUAAUUUGAUAAAAACUUCAGUAGCUGGAUUAAAUCAACCCCUGAGGCGUGCCAUGACUCAAAAAUUAAUCCGAAAGAAAACACCGAUACUAGGAUCUUCUAAACAGCAGACACAUAUGACGCGAUAUGGAUCCACACUAGGGCUUCCAGCUACCGCAAACUCCUCACGUCCUAACACACCGCAAAGAUCUGAAAACAUCAGUAGAUCAAGCGUGAUGAUCAGGAAUUCAUACAGACAUGGUCGAAUUAUUCGGUUGGAGCAAAAAGCCACAAAAGUGCUAGGUGUCGUUUUCUUUACGUUCGUAGUACUGUGGACGCCGUUUUUCGCUCUUAACCUAGUGCCAUCAAUUUGCCCAACAUGCGAGGCGUACAUCAGCAAAGGCGUCAUGGAUCUAGUCACUUGGCUGGGCUAUGCCAGUUCGAUGGUGAAUCCUGUUUUUUAUACGAUAUUUAACAAAGUGUUUAGGCAAGCGUUUAAGCGGGUGUUGCUUUGUAAGUACCGGAAACGAAAUAAACGGCAGUCGUGGCCGCCGCCGCCAACCAGGAAGUUGUAAAUCCGGUCCCGUGAGACAUACAAUACAAACAGCACUUAACCUAUUGGACAGAUAACUAAAAUACAAACUCUACAAGCAACUAAGAGUUGACUGGCUUGUCUUGCUUAUUGUCUAACUACACACACAUAUAUUCUAAUCUUGAUGUGUUACAUUUUUCAAUACAAUACAAAUUGUAAAAAUCCCAAACGAUAGAUAUGAUGUAUUAAAAACCAAAUUAAACAGUUCACAGACUUUUUUAGUUUUUACAUAAAAAAUUGUCAAUGAUACAAUUUAUUACAAAUGCACGAAUUUGACAUUUAUUAAAUAUGUUAUCCUUCCAAUUAUUUCGUCGAACUUACAAUAUUAAUAAAUAUAAUUCACAAAAAAUGCUUUGAAUACUUCUAAGUCAAAUUUAAUGAACUAUCUAAACUAAGUAAAACUGUUUUUAGAAUGUGCAGUGAAUUUAAGUAACGAAUAUGUAAUGUGAUGUUAAUAGAUACAUGGAUCACAAACUUCCAAUGAAUUAUCUAUCGAAAUACAUUGGAGAUCAACUAUAUACUAUAUAACUAUAUACACAUAAAGUAUGUUGUCGAAUCGGUUGUUGAUAUUCCAAAUCCAUAUAAUCAAAAAAAUGUCAAGAAAACAAAAAGAAAUUAUUAAAAUAAAAUAAUUAAAUUAAAAUAACUCAAUGUAAACUAGUCAUAACACACAUUUAAAAAAAAAUGUAUUCGUGAUUUAAUUUAAACUUAUGAUUUUAUUUGACAAAAUCUACUGUGUUUGCAUUUUUAAUUCUAUUGAUCGUGUUAUUUUAUAAUGUUUUGUAAAUAUGUUGUUAAAUAUAAUUAUAUAUUCUGGAAGUAUAGGAGGUCGUUAUUUUUUUAUUUGGGGGUGGGAGAAAUUGAAAAAAGCAACCAGCAUUUCAGUAAGAGUAUGACGAAACCAUCAACACUAGAUAAUGUGAAACAAUCUCAUUUUCAGCUGAUACCACAACGCGAUUGUUUACUGAACAAAUGACAACACAGAAUCUCUUUGAAAGCCAUAACCUAAAUAACAAGGCAAAACAUCUUUUUAGACAUCGAUAAUUGAUUAUGUUCAAAAUAAAACACAUAAUACUUUUCUGUUUGUUUUCAAAAUUGUAAAUGUAUACAAUUCUGGCUUUUUCAAAGUCUAAUAAAGCAGAAAUUAUACAACAAUUAUCAUCACAUUGAGAAUAUUAUGUCAUAGUCAAGUUUAUUUUAAACGACAAGAAAAAUUCAGAUUAACUUAAGUGCAAAAUUACCACAAAUUUAAACUAAAUUUUUUUUUAAUCAUUAAUUAUUAUUUUAGUUUGUUUAAUAAAAUAUUGAGUUGUAACUAAUAUUAAUACCUUAAAAUUUUUUUAAUAAAAAUGUAUUAUUUUUUAUUAAACAACAAUUAUUACUUCUAUGGUUUAAAAAUUAUUCUUGUCUGAUUAUUUAAGAAUGAAAAUUGUAUAAAUAUAACGUGAUACUCACUAACAGUUGUGAGAAAGUUUAUGAAGCGUAAAAAUUCUAAAUAUAUUGUAAACAAACUAAACAAAUCAACUAAAACUUACGAUAAUCGUCGUUUUUACUAAAACUAUUUGUUUUAUAACAAAUGUAACUUAUUAAGAAUAUUACCCACCAUUCUUUCUGUCCUAUAAUGAUUUUCAUAAAAUAUACAGAUUAAAAUUUGAUUUAUUUCUAUAAAUCAUAGAAACUAUCAAAUUUAAUGUAAGAUAAAAUUAUUUCUAAAAGUACAUUUUUUACUAUCUCUCAAAAGUUAAAUAGAAAACUAUUUUUAGUUAUAGGCAAGUGGGCUGCACCAACUGGAAAAAUUUUUAACUGUAUAUUAUGUUAAAAAUAGAGCAUCGUUUAACGCUACCCUCUUCAUAUUUUUUAGUUCUUUAAAUGCUAAUAUCUAUCACAUUUUUGUGAAAAAAUCAUUAUUUGGAGGGUAGAAUUCUUAAUAAAUCACACUAUAUACUUCAUUAGUUACCUAUAAAAAAAUUUGUGAAUGUAUUUUCAUGUAAAAACUUACCUUAAAUUACCUAAAAAAAUAAACGCAUUCAUCUUCCCC